AUGAUGCCGCAGGCUUCGGAUGGCGAUGCGCCUUCCGGAGCCUUCCUGGCGACGGCUUCUCUGGACGACAUCGUCGCGCACUCGCUGGAAUACGAGCCGGAGAAGGACGUCUCCGAUCUGAAAGAUUCGGAGAACGUUUCGCUGGUGUACCACUUCCUGCGGCACAUCUGGACGUCUAUGACCGAUGCCUCGGUCUACGAGCAAAGUGACGGUCUUGCCGGCGGAAGCGACGUGAUACCGUUUCUGCAUUCCGACGAAUGGCGCCAGCGGGUUUCCAAGCGCAUUCUGGACCUUUUAUCGCAUUUCCGUGAGGAUUCGUCUGAGGACGGCAAUGGCAGCGGUGAGCAGGCGUUGCCUGCACUACGCAAUGUGGCCCAGGGCCACCUGACGACGUGCUUCAAGAUCUUGUCAAGUUAUCUGCUGGUUGGUUGGCAGCAGUCCAUAACGAUCAUGCUUCGUCAGUCGCGCCGAGCGAGCCAAAGCUUCCUUCCCAAGUUCAGCAGCGCCGCUGUGUGCUUGGUUGACGUGUACAUGUACAUGGUGCCUAUCGCCAUCGACCUGUCGUCCUUUCUGGAUCUCUUGACCGAUCUGGUGAAAAGCCUCCCCGUGGAGAGCGCCAAGGUGCUAUCCGACUUCCUGUACAGCCGGGUUGCAUUUCUGCGCAACAGCUUCGAAAUGCUAGAGGCCUCUGCUGGCAACGCUCGCCUGGUGCAAACUGCAGGGGCCAAGAUGAUCGGUUUAGUCCGUGUGCUGGAGGCCAGCCUCGGCGAGAGUGCGGACGGUGACAUCCCAGUGCACAUCUUCAACCUGAGGCUAACCCUGACGAGCUGCCUGCCAAUAUCGCAUCUGGGCGUCUGCAACCGGCAGUCUCUUAGCCAAGAGUUCACCCCCGUUACCAAGGUCACUGCUGAUGAAUGGACGGACAUGGUCACCAUGAGCGUGCGAAAGCGCGGGUUCGGCAUAUCGCAGUUUGAAAUAAGCAACUACGAGGCAGUUGCCUCAAGCUCAUCACUGUCGAGCAGCACGAGUGGCCAACUGUUCGACCUGAAGUCGCUUGCCGGUCGGGGGGAGCAGCGCAUAGAGAUGACCGACACAUCGCAGCGUAUCCCCAGUUAUACGGUCUACGUGCACUACUGCGACCUACUGAACUUCGUGUUCAACCCGUUCGUGAUAACGGAGAAGACCCAGGACUACAUGGAUGACCUGCAGGCAGCGUUCGCGUCGGUGACCAGCCACAUCAUCUCGCUGCUAGAGAAGCCGCAGCCCCCCGACACGUCGUUGUCCUGGAUAAUCCCUCUGACGAGCAGCGUGCCAGUAUUCAUCGCGCGCAGCACCAGCUUGAAAUUCUGGACGAGCUUCCUGUGUGCCAGCAGCUUCGCCCUCCAGUCGCUGAAGAUAUCGCAUAAGCGCACUGCGCCCACUGAAAGCGUGUACUCGCUGCUUCGUGAGAAGUCAGCAGCAUCGCUAGACGCCAUCGAGAAAACGCUGAACCACUGCAUCUCCAAGAUCAGCGGCCUGUCGGUGAAACUGGAGCGACUGAUGUGCAGGGAGAAGGAAUGGGUGCUGUGGAAGCAGCGCGGUUGUACCACCGACGUGCUUGAGCCCGUAACCGGUGAUGUCUUCACCUUCCCGGAGGACGUGCCGUCCUCCGACGGCGAAUCCGAAGAAGGUGAAAUGAUCGACUUCCUGGACGUUCUCGGCCAGUUGGAAUCUGUGAGCCCCGUUGGCGAAAAUGGCCUACCAGAAGUGGGUUCCAACUUCAUUAUCGACGUCAAGGACCUGUGCCUGAACCGCCAGGCCACCGCCUGGUACCUCGAGAAGCGCGCAACCGACAAGCCCGCCGUCAGCGCCCACGAGAAGCUCUACCAGAUGCUGGAGGACUACAUGGAGAAGAUGCGCAUGGACGCCGACCCUGCGCAGGGCAUCGAGGAGGCCGAGCGCAGCAAGCACGAUCCGCUGUUCAGGUUCCGGUUCAACCGCCUGUUCGCCAAUCGGUACGUGCACAAGUACAUGGACUUGAGCAACGAGGACGUCACCUCUGGCAGCAUCGACUGCCUGGUGGAGUCGCUGCGGUCGUAUGACAGGAUGGGCAAGAGGCUUGUCUGGCACUUGUGUGUUUCUGGGAACCUCGUCGACGUACGUAAGUGUUCCGCUCGCGUCUAUCUUCCUGGCCAGCCAAGUUUCGAUAAGUCCGUCGCAGCAAUGGCUGAGGAAAUGCCCCAAUUCAAAUUGCUCCUUGUGGGCGACGGUGGCGUGGGCAAGACCACUUUGGUGAAGCGCCAUCUUACCGGAGAGUUCGAGAAGAAGUACAUCCCCACCCUGGGUGUCGAGGUCCACCCCCUCAAGUUCCGCACCAACUGCGGUGGCAUCCAGUUCAACGCCUGGGACACUGCCGGCCAGGAGAAGUACGGUGGCCUGCGUGACGGCUACUACAUUAAGGGAGAAUGCGCCAUCAUCAUGUUCGACGUGACGAGCCGCAUUACCUACCGCAAUGUGCCCAACUGGCACCGUGACAUCGUCCGCGUUUGCGACAACAUCCCCAUGGUGUUGUGUGGCAACAAGGCCGACGUCAAGGAGCGCCAGGUGAAGGCCGGCCACAUUCAGUUCCACCGCAAGCGCAACUUGCAGUACUACGACCUCUCCGCUCGCUCCAACUUCAACUUCGAGCGCCCUUUCCUGUGGUUGGCCCGCAGGCUCCUCAACCAGCCUCAGCUCGUGUUCGUUGGCGAGUGCGCGAAGGAGCCCGAGUUCAAGAUCGACCCCGAGUUGGCUGAACAGUGUGAGCGCAACCUGGAGGCCGCGGCCAACGUCGCCAUCGAUGAUGAUGGCGACCUUUAA